GCUUCCGCGGUUGCGAGCGUCGUGAACGCAGCCUCAUAAAAUGGCGGAUCGCGGCGAAGAUGCAGAGAGUGAAGAUGAAUUGUAUGAAGUGGUCAACAUCACAGAUUAUGCCAGGAGGCAUCAAUGGUGGAGUCGAGUAUUUGGUAACAGCACAGGUCCCAUUGCAGAAAAAUACUCUGUGGCUUCACAAAUCAUGAUGGGUGGAGUGUCCGGAUGGUGUGCUGGAUAUCUCUUUCAGAGAGUUGGAAAGCUUGUGGCUACUGCUGUUGGAGGAGGAUUUCUUUUGUUACAAAUUGCCAAUCAUAGUGGCUAUGUGCAGGUGGACUGGAGGAAAGUGGAAAAGGAUGUCAAUAAAGCUAAAAAGCAUUUGAAGAAAAAUGCCAAAAAAGCUGCUCCUGAGCUCAAUACCUUUAUAGAAGAUUCUACAGAGUUUGUGAAGAGGAAUAUUGUUAUCUCAGGAGGAUUUGUUGGAGGAUUUCUGCUAGGCCUGGCAUCCUAAAUGAAACCUGGAUGUACUGUAUUGCCUCUGAUAUGAGUACAGUAAUAUUGUCCCUUAUCUUGGUAUCACAGUGAUACAGCACUGAAACAUGUUGUUUGUUCAGAAGCAGUGAGUGCAAUGGACAUUUGCUGGACUUUUUUAAUAUGUUCCUCUACAAUGUUAUACAAUAGCUAAAACAUCCUGCAGGAGAGAGAUAUAUUGUGCCAAUAACUUUAUAGAAAAUUGUGGCUUUUAUUUUGUUCAUUUUAUUUUAAUUAGUGAUAAUGCAUUCAUUUGUUACAUGUACAACUACUGAAGUGUUUCAUAUUGUAUUUUGCUUUUGACGGUACAUUAUUUGAGGUAGAUGUAUCAUUUCCCUAAUAUAUUGUCAAAAUGCAUGAAUUGUUUUGACGUAAAGAUAAAAAUAAUGUUGUGGAAAUAAUAAAAAGUCUUUCUGGUUAUGUAUAGAC